AUGUCGGUGCCGUUUCCAUUUCUGAGCCAAGAGUUCGCGCGAGCGGGACUCGACGCGACGCGGGUGGGAGCGACGUUCGCGGCGUUGCCGUUCGGCGUGCUCGUGGUGUCGCCGACGAUCGCACCGAGGGUACUGUGGCGGUUCGACGCGACGAUGGUGGCGAAAUAUUCGCUCUUGGGGCAGGCGGCGUGCGUAUUGGCGACGAGCGCGUUCGCGGGACGAGCGCGCUGGAGAGUUUGGUUGGUGUGUAGGUUGUUUCAGGGAUUUUUCAACGCGUUGACGAGCGUGACAAUGCUGUGCGUGGUGACGCGAGCGGCGCCAGAUGCGGUGAGCAUCACAAGCGGGUUGCAAGAAGUAGCCGCGGGCUUCGGGACUCUCUUUGGGCCGAUUUUCGGUGGAUUUUUGUACGACAUUCAUUCGUCGCCAAAGUUACCUCUGAUGGCGAACGGCGCCGCCAUUUUGCUGUCAAUUCCUCCAGUGAUGUACGCGAUGCGUCGACUCGACGGUCGCGACGACCGUGGUCAAAUGUCCGGGCCCUCGCAGGAGGAAAGGCCGAGUUAUGCUCGCGUGCUUCGUCGGCCGACUUUCUUGGCCGCCGCCUUGGCCGAACUUGUCGUGUCCACGAGUUUCGGCGGGAUUCCGACCACUCUUCCGCUAUAUCUUCAUCAAACGCUGAACUUUUCACCAGCUACGAUUGGCUUGGUGUACUCGUUACUCGCUGGGCUGUAUGCGCUCGUGACGCCGAUCGUUGGCAUUGUUUCGCACACUCCGAACUCAAAAGUGGGCGACAUCGUACUGUGCCUCAUCGGCAUGGCGUCCAUGUCAGUCGCACACUUUUUCUUCGGCCCUUCGUCUUUGCUAGGAUUGCCUGAUCCACUGAGUGCGACGGCCCGAAGGCGGCUUUGCGUGUGGUUUCCAAGCGUUGUUUACGGGGUCGGAAGCGCCUUUGCGUUUGUACCGCUCUUGCCCUUGAUGCAAGCGUCUGUCAGAAACGACGGACCAAAGUACGCAGAUUUAGCAAACGGACUUUUCGUGAGCUGCUACUUUUUUGGAGAAAUGCUCGGUCAGUUAUUCGGUUCUUCCUUGGUGCACGAGCUCGGAUACCCGGCCGCGAGCACGGCGUGGGCAUUUGCCAUCAUCGCCAGCGCGAGCGGUUUCGUGCUGGUAGAGUUCGGAGCGGGCUUGGCGAAGCGUCUCCGCUCUUCCGUAUCGCGCGUUCGCUCGAUGAGCGAUUCUUUGGAUUCAAUGUUGUAA